GUCGUGGGUUAUCUCUUUCAUUCCCAAGGUCACCAUGAGUGCGCACAUGUUGAUGCCGUUUCGGCGUCGUCCGUGGACCUGUCGGACCUGUCUGCAGCGCCUGCAGCGCCUGCAGCCUCGCCGGUCCCUAGAGACGGCUGCAUCGCCAGCGUCCCAUGCGACAAGUUACGACUACUCCCCCGCAAAUCACGCAACACGACAGAAGACGACGGACGAUGAAACAUUACGCCGGGUAUUUGACUCGCAACCGUUCUGGCGCGACUUCUCGCAGCGCAGCGCCGCCCAGACCAAGCCGACCGGGCUGGUACAGAACCAAUAUUUGACCAGCCCCGAGGGCUUCCGGACGUUCGCCGGCACCACCCUGCAGAAAUGCCAAGCGAUUGUGACAAAGGUAUUGCAGGCGUCGACAUUGGAGGAUUAUAGAACUAUGGCGCGCGAUCUGGACCGACUGAGCGACCUCCUGUGCCGUGUGAUUGAUUUGUCGGACUUCAUUCGAGUCAUCCACCCGGAUCCCCAAGUGCAGGACGCGGCUACCCAGGCGUACGCCCUCAUGUUCGAGUACAUGAAUGUACUAAACACCACCACCGGGCUCCACGAUCAACUGAAGACAGCAGCCGCCAACGCUGAUGUCACAUCGCAUUGGAGUGAGGAGGAGAAGAUUGUUGCGCACAUCUUGAUCAAGGACUUUUCGAAUUCCGCAAUCCACAUGCCCCCGAAUGAACGCCAGCGAUUCGUUAACCUCUCCAAUGAAAUUAGCCAGGUGGGAUCGGCUUUUGUCAACAGCGCCGAGCCAGCCAAAUCCCAUGUGGUCGUGGGUGCCAACAGUCUCCGCGGGCUGGACCCGAUCCUCGAGCUGUUCCGGCUACAACAGAUGAAGGGAGACUCCCAGUUCCAGCCCUGGGACCAUGCGUACUAUGUGCAUCAGCGGGUCAUGCAGCAUUCGCAGUCCCGACGGUCGCGCGAGCUGAGUGCGGUGCCCGAGUUUUUCUCCCUCGGAACCGUGAUGCAGGGCUUGUCCCGGCUCUUCGACCGUCUCUACGGAGUGCGUCUGGUGCCCCAGGAAACCGCGUCCGGUGAGACGUGGAACCCGGACGUGCGUCGUCUGGACGUAGUCGACGAGUCGGGUCGGCAUAUCGCAGUGAUCUACUGCGACCUGUUCUCGCGACCGGACAAGCACCCGAACCCGGCGCAUUUUACGCUGCGGUGCUCGCGCGAAAUUUCCCCCGAGGAAGUGGCCGAGUGCGCGACGCUCGACCAGUCGGCCCACCCCAAUGACGGCAUGGCGACGGCCAUCGACCCGCAGACGCAGACGCUCCGUCAGCUACCCACGAUCGCGCUGGUCUGCGACUUUGCCGAACCCCCGGCGACGGGCGCAGGGCGUCCGUCACUGCUCAGCGAGCACAGCGUGCGCACCCUGUUCCACGAAAUGGGCCACGCGCUGCACUCGAUCUUGGGCCAGACGCGUCUGCAAUCCAUCUCGGGGACCCGCUGCGCAACGGACUUCGCGGAGCUGCCGUCCGUGCUGAUGGAGCGAUUUGCCACAGAGCCCGCGGUCUUGGCCAUGUACGCACGCCACUGGGAGACCGACGCGCCGCUGUCCGAGAGCAUGAUGCGCAGCAUGGAGCAGGACCGCACGGCCCACGGAUCGAUCUACGGUGCGGUCGAGAACGAAUCCCAGAUCCUCAUGGCGCUCGUCGACCAGGCCUACCACUCGCUCCCGGCCGGAGGCGCCAUCGACAGCACGCACAUCUACCACCAGGUGUCGUCGGCACACUCCACCCUGCCUGACCCAAGUGACUCCCAGCCCCCCACCUCGUGGCAGGGAUUCUUCGGCCAUCUGUACGGCUACGGCGCCACCUACUACAGCUACAUCUUCGACCGGGCCAUCGCGAACAAGAUGUGGGAGGAUGUCUUCCAGGCGGGGCAGGCGUCCGUGGAUCGCUCCGCGGGCGAGCGCUACAAGAACGAGGUGCUCCGCUGGGGAGGCGGCCGCAACGGCUGGGAGUGCGUUGCAGGCGUCCUCGGCAGUGGAAACCCAGCCAACGCCGACGGUCGCCUAGUCGAGGGCGGCGACGAGGCGAUGCGCGAGGUAGGACGAUGGGGACUGGGGCGCGAUGGCGUUUCUGGAUAGCUGGCCUUACCUCAUCCCUACACUCUUGAACAUGUUUCGACAUACCGUACAUAUAUAUGCCAUCUAUAGAGUCUAUAGAACCUUGUUUAUACU